AUGCCCUUGGGUCUGCUGCUUAUGUCUUUGCUGCCUUUAUUUUCCUUGGCCGCUUCUCACCGCUUCCUAAACACUCGUUGCUGCUGCUUUUUUUCCUCCCAACUGGCUCUCAGCAGCAGCAGCAGCAGCAGCAACUGCAGCAGCAGCAGCAACUGCAGCAGCAGCAGCGGCAACUGCAGUAGCAGCAGGACCCGAAAGGCGCUUCCCAGCUAUCCCCAGCGUGACUGGUUUGGCUUCACAUUCCUUGGCUCCAAGCAGCAGCAGCAGCAGCAGCAGCAAAAGCAGCAGUCCUUCCUGUUUGUCGCAGCAGACUGUUUUAGUUCAACUGCUGCUGCUGCUGCACCCUUGCGACUGUCUACACACUGCAGCAUGCAGCAGCAAACAACAGUGCCUACAGCGGCAGCAGCAGCAGCACCUGCUGCUGCUGCAGCAGCAGCAGCAGCAGCGGCCUCUCCUGUGACUUAUGGCGGCCCUUUUCUGAUUAGCCUUUCGGCAGAGAAAGCGGCAGCAGCAGCAGCAGCAGCAGACGCUGGAGAAGGAUCCGAAGCAGCUGCAGCAGCAGCAGCAACAACAGCAGCAGAAGCAGCACCUGCUGCUGAGGCAGGGCGCCUGAAGCUGCAGCUAAUUUGGAAAGGCAAAAGAAUAACAUUAUCUAGGCCAGCUAGCGACAACGUCGGUUUGCUGCUGCAGCGUUUGCUGCUGUCUUGUAACCUGGCUGCUGCUGCUCCUGCUGCUGCUGCUGCUGCUGAGAAGAAGAAGCAAAAAUCAAAAAAGAUAAAAAAGGAAAUUCCUUCUAAGGCAGCAGCUGGAAGCAGCAGCACCGAAAGAUUCUUUCUAGCCACUGCAGCAGGGGAUCUCGUAGGGGAAGAUACGCCGGCGGUGCAGGCAGUGAAGACAGCAGCAGCGCUGCUGUUCUGUCAGCCUGAAGAAGCAGCAGCAGCAGCAGCAGCUGCUGCCGCUGCUGCUGCUGCAGACAGUAGCAGCGUUAAUGGAGGCGGCGAAGCAGCAGCAGCAGCGGCUGCUGCAGCAGCAGCUGCUGCUGCUUCCGCUGCUGCUGCUGAGGCAGGCUCCGAGGAAGUUUCGGCUGCUGCGAACGCUGCUGCCGACACAGCAGCAGCAGCAGCAAAAAGAGCGGCAGCAGCAGCAACAGCAGCAGCAGCAGCAGCAGCAGCAGCAAAUGGCGCCGUGUGGUUUAAGGCACUCCUAAACCCCCCCGCGGUGGUGCGCCUCUCAAGCCGCUUUAACAUCUACACAGAGUGCCCUGUUUUGGCAGUGCUGGAGACGAUUGACGGCGACAGCAAACAGUUCCAUAUCAAGUGGCAAUAUGCUGACGCUUCAGAACCUGCUGGCUACGGACCAGUCUUUGUACCGCAGCAAGAAGAUGUGGGGCGGGCGCUGCAGCUGGAGGCAUUUUUGCCAGAGUUGCCUCAGUUUGGUCAAAAGGCAUCUUUGGGUCAAGUGCAGCAGCUGCCAAAGUGCGAAUGGCGGGAGCAGCGCAUGCUGCAGUUCGCCCAGCAGCAGCAGCAGGAGCAGGAGCAGCAGCAGCAGCAGCAGGAGGUGCUUCGGGUGGUUUCUUUUAAUAUUCUUGCUGAGGGUUAUGCUCAAACAGCAAAAGCAGAAGAAGUUCUUUACCCGAACUGCCCCGCGCCUAUGAGGAGAUUCAACCACAGGGCGCCGCUGCUGGGACGAGAGCUGCUGCAGCUGAACGCCGACAUCAUUUGCCUGCAGGAAUGCUCGUUUGAGUGCUUCCAUAGCUGGCUGCUGCUGCUGCUGGGUGCUCAUAAGUAUGAAGGCUUCUUGGCCCUGAAGCACAGCAGCAGCAACAGCAGCAGCAGCAGCAGCAACAGCAGCAGCACCAACAAUGGCAGCAGCAGCAGCAGCAGCAGCAGCAGCAGCAGCAGCAGCAGCAGCAGCCAGAGGGUGAAAGAGGGCACUGCAAUAUUUUUCAAAAAGGAAAAAUUCGAUUUGGUUAACGCGCAAACCCUCACACUCUCCGCCGAGCUCGCCGAAAACGAGGCGUUCGCGGAUUUGAGAAAAGCCCUCGACAGCAAAUGGCCCCAAGUGCUGGGUUCAAUAAUGCCGCGGCUGGGCAGCGGGCUGCAGCUGCUUUGCCUCCGCAGCAAAAAAAAUAAAAAACUUUUUGCUGUUGGAAAUACUCAUCUUUUCUUCCAUCCUCGAGCCAGCCACGUGCGUAUACUGCAGGUGUAUGUACUGAGCCACCUGCUGGCAUCAUUCGCUGCUGCUGCUGCUGCUGCUGCUCCUGGCGCUGCUGCUGCUGCUGCUGCUGCUAAACCCUCGAUAAUUCUUUGCGGGGACUUCAACUGCGAUGAAGACAGCGGGGGUUUUGAGCUGCUGAGCAAGUUUAAAAUUGAUGCAUACCACAAGGACUGGCAAUAUGCGCCCACAUACACCUGGGGGGAUAACCAAGUCAGCGAAGACGAAGAGGACGAAGCCGGCCCAGCAGCAGCAGCAGCAGCAGAACCAGCAGCAGCAGCAGCAGCAGCAGCAGUGAAGGGUUUGCAGCUGGAGCUUCCAGUGUCUGUACACCUGAGAGAAGCCUACGGAAAGUCUCUCCUUCCUUUUACAAAUUUCGUUUCGAACUUUAAAGCCACAUUGGACCACAUUUUCAUUUCCGAAGACUUGCAGGCGGUGGGGACUUUGCCGGGGGUUUGCGUCGAGGCUGUGGAAACCCUCGGGGGUUUAUUGAGUCGUUAUUAUCCUUCAGACCAUUUGUCUAUUGCUGCUGACUUGAUUCAGCUCUAA